AUGCCCACCACAUUUAAGGCCAAUCACACCCAGCUUCGUUGGAUUAAAGCAAUGCAAGAUAGAAUAGAUGUUGUUGUAGAAGGAAUGAAAUCUCCCCCUAGUAGUACACCUUUGCCUGCCAACAUCGAAGAAAAUCUUUCCCGUGACUGGGUUAAUUGGAACAACUGUGUUCAACUCCAAUGUAAACUGGUUUCCAACGCUCAUGACCACAAAAUACCCAACUGGGCUCUUCCCAAUGUGAAUUCAACUUGGAUGGCCAGAAGGAACCGAUUUGGAAAAGGACCGAUCAAAUUCAAAGAUUUUGUUGAAACCGGCAAUGUUGCGUCUGCCUAG